CAAACCACAGGGGCUCGUCACGAAGUUGACAAACGCUACGUGUUGACGUUUAAGAUGGAAUUCAACGGUUAUAUAGAUUGUCAUAAUCAUCUCGCAGAUGCAAUAUUUACUGAUGACAUUCACAAUGUAGUGGAUAAUGCUAGAGAAGCUGGCGUUGUGGCCGCUUUGGUUUGUGCCGAAACUCCGUCAGAUAUACCUAAGGUUCUACGCUUAUGUGAAACGUUUCCCGACAUACUGUUGCCUUGUUUGGGCAUUCAUCCAGUACAGAAAAAUGAAGAUGACAUUGAGAGAUGCGUCACUCUACAUGAUUUUGAGAUGGCAGUUUCAGAGAUAGAGAAACAUGCUCACAAAAUAUGUGCUAUAGGAGAGGUGGGCUUGGAUUUUCAGCCUCGAAUUACACCUGGUGCUGAACACAAAGAAGCCCAAAGGGCCGUGCUAAAGGCCCAAGUAGAACUGGCUGCGAAAUAUGAUUUACCAUUAAAUGUGCAUUCAAGAUCUGCAGGUAGACCGACAAUUGCGGCUUUGAAAGAAUUUGGUGCCAAAAACGUUUUACUGCAUGCUUUCGAUGGGCGACCUAGCAUAGCAAUGGAGGGUGUAAAAGAAGGAUAUUUCUUUUCUAUUCCACCUUCAAUUGUACGUAGUGAACAGAAGGGGAAACUAAUCAAACAGCUGCCGAUGGAACAUAUUCUCCUGGAAACUGACAGUCCUGCGUUAAGUCCAGUGAAAGGUGAACGGAAUGUGCCUUCAAAUGUACAAAUAUCUUGUGACUACAUAGCGAAGGAGAAAGGGCUGACAGUGCAAGAAGUAAAAAGAAUCACAACAGAGAAUGCUUUGAAAUUAUUUCCAAAGCUAAAAGAGUUACUAAAAUAAAAUUUGGACAAAAUGGGUCGUGCACAUUUUAAUGGGUCAGUUUUUAAGGGACUUAGACACGCUUGAGAAAAAAAAAAUAUUUUUUAUGUAUAAAAUGGUUCACUGGCGCAUUUUAAAUGAUUGACCAAAAUAUUGAAUGUUAUAGUCAAGUUACAAGCGAGAUACAUAUGUGAGAAAUCAUUGUAAUGUAAACAAAGUCUUAUGGUUGUUUACAAAAAAUAUAAUGUAGAUAAUUACCAUUUCUUAGAGAAAAUGACUUGUAAAGAACAAUUUAAACUAAUUCAAUAUCUUCAUAAAUACUAUUUAACUAUUAUCAACAAAAGAAAGUUAUAUUUUAUUGAAACUUACACCAAUACAACUCAUAUGUAAACAAUGACAAUAAUCAAACUUUUACAAAACAAAGAAUUAUGAAAUCUGUGUCUUGCUUAUAACUUGAUAUUUGACUUUCAAAUUGUAACAUAGCAUUAUUAACUUCUAUGUUUAUCAUUAUACACAUUGAAAUUGGAAAAAUAAUACAUGUAUUUGAAAAUUUUAAGCCAAAUCGUGUCUAAGUCCCUUUAAUUGAUAAAUGAGUUUGAACUGUACAUGUACCUUAACGUAAUAUUAAAACCCGUCUAUAUAAACGAAUGAAAACUCCAGAAUCAAAGGUUUACAUUUUUUUACUAUAGAUUUAAAGAAACUAUGAAAGGAUUAAAUUAUAAUAUGUUUGCAAAGGAACAAUUUGAAAUCAACUUCUGAUCGCAGGCACAGGGGGAGGGGGUGCAAACUUUUAUUGAAAACCGUAUUUAAUUUAUUUAAUACAACGCAAAAACAAUAUUGGGGAAGUGUAUACAUGUAUUUCGUACAUGUAUUUCAACUCCAAUUAAUCAAAAGAUAGGCACCCCAACCCAUUAACGGAUUUGGUUAUAAGUAUUUUCCGUAGCUCGACCAUUCCCUUUCAAAAAACGGCGCAACUUGCCUGCAGUCCAUUCUACAAUUCUAUUAAUUUAUGCCCUUAUUACAUGUAGAUAUCAGACACGCAGCAUCGUUUUUGAUAGGGGGCAGGCUUAUCAAAAAAAUCCUGACAAGCAAAAAAAAAAAAAAAAGAAGCAUAUCGAAAGUGCAGUGAUUCAUGUGUGCUUGAUUUCUAUUCCGAUUAAAUUGUUAGUAUGAAUAAUUUACGGAAUUAACUUAUAAUAGUUCUAUUUUCUGUGUACGAAACACGAAGCUAUAUUUCAAAUCAUUGUAUUUUCUUUAGUUUAAAAGCAAAUCAUUACACAUGUAGUUUGUUAUAUUUUUAAAUAAUUUUCAUACUGCAGUUUUUUGAAUAAUCAAAAUGCCGCAGAUUUACCAAAAUGCCUGUUGAAAACAGCAACAACACCCCUGCGAAUGUGUUGGGAAUGUUUCCUUUAUCGUUGCUAAGUAUAUAAUAAAUCCAGAGGUGCUCGAAUGAAAGUUCACGAGACUUCACCGAGAAUUGUUCAGUUCCUGUGAAAUUUCGUGCGGAAGUAUAUCUGUUUGGAUAAUAUUCUCAAAAUCCGUAAGGACUGGUCCUUUUUCAUAUCAUAUCCUGCUUUGAUUUAUGUUAAAACAUGAAAAACGUCUAAGAUGUAUGUUUUAUUUCACUACCUAGCGGUUAUUAAAUUAAA